AUGUCCCUCGCGAACUUCGACUUCACGUUCACCUUCUUCCCCGUAGUCUUCCCCCGCGUCUCUCCACAUGUUCAAGAUGAAUACGGCUUGCCGAAGCCACCCCGUCCACAACAUCGCCGUUCCCAAGGCGUCAAAGCCACUCGAAAGCGUCAUCUACCACCCGUGGUGACGCUCGGGAAGCGUACUUGCCCCGUCAGCGAUGGACCUCCAAAGAAACGGGUGAGACAGUGCUUUCCAGAGCCACUCCCCGAAGAGUUUCUCGAGCAAGUUGCCGCGCUCUCCCUCGCUCCUGCUGACGUGGAGAUGACUGACGUGGAGGUGGACAACCUUUGUACCCUCCUCGGUCACCUCACUGUCCAAGAGGUCGUCACAACCCCACCUCCAACUAAGCCUCCUCGCAAGCAUCGUCGCUCUGACAACAAAGAGAACGAAGACCCAGCUUCUUUGACGUCGAGCAGGAGUGGGGGCGUGAAGCGCCAUGGCAGGGCACGGGCACGUGCGACGGACCCAUAUUCGGUUCUUUAA